AUGGCGAACGACACGGAACUCAUUAAAUCGUUCAUUUGGAGUAAAACACGGACGAAUUUGUCAAAACUUCUCAAAGAAUACCAACUGCCUCAGAUUAUUCGAGUCGUGGAUGGCUUCUGCAGCAAAAACGAAGACACAAUCUUAUAUGACGAACAGAUACUAGCCUUGCACGAAAUACAUUCAGUACGGAAGCUAAUUGGUACGGACAGUUCGGGCAAGCAGGUAAUCAUUCCAUUAACGUGUCCAACACAAGUCCUAGUCUGCCCGUCCAAAUGUAAGUACACACCAUGUAAAGUCCAGAAUUUUAAGUCCCUAUUUCCUAACAUACAAUACGUACGAGUGAAAAGCUGCGGGCCUCAAUCAAGGAAUGCCAAUAGUGAAAGCACGUUCAAAGUUGGUGACAUAAUACAAAUUCAAAACAUUGACCGAAAGAAAAGUGUCCUUUGUCAGAAUACUGACACCAAAGGAGACAUGACUCUUUCCUACAAAUCCCCGGCGACUUUUACCCCCUUGCUGGACUGCCAGAAAUAUACACUCUCAGAAGUUGUGACCAACUACGGCCUGCCAUCGAGGGUGUGCUUUGUAAGCACCCAUUCGCAGGCUGAUCAAAACUCGGAUCAGUGGAACAGCGCGUUAACAGGUCUCACUGAAGUGGUCUUUCAUAAAGUGGUAACUGAAGUUAAAGUUAUCGCAACUACUGUAGGGGGAGGGGUUGGUGAACUAACGCAUUGUAUAGGUCUACCGACUGACCUACCCAUCCGCUGCGCAGUCGCAGAACGUUUCGCUAAAAAUGGCCAAAGUUAUGAAGAUUUUGUUCGUACGCUACACGCAGGUUUCGACAACAAGAACCUUUCAGAGAGAGUAAAUGUAUUCCAGGAAAUAAGCCGUGUAAAGAUACACGAUUCUUCCAACAGUAUGACGAUCGUCUCACGACCACAACCCGACACCUUCCCGAGUCUUGCACGAAGUACUGCGACGGGAAGUCAGCCCCAUGUUUCUCCAAAACCUAAGAAAAUAACCAUAAUGUCCAACCUCCCUCAGUCCCCAAAAGAGUCCAAGUAUCCACUAAAUGAUCCUAAAAAAUCCUCACAAAGUCCUACCGAAGACAGUACGACCACAACCGAAGUAUACGACGAACUUUCACAAAACCGCCUCGAAGAUAGUGCGACUACGGCCGAAGAUAACUACGUUGAAAUGGGGAGACCAGAAGAAAACGAUGCCGCGGAUUGUGAAAAACAAAAAAGUUCAUUGGAUAACCAGAAAGACCUUCCCGUAAAUGUUUCGAUACAAAAUCCUCACCUUACUGGCCAAGUAAAUGCUCCAUCAACACCAGAAGUCCAGAACUCACAAUGCAAUCGACCUAAAAUUAAUUCAAUACAUUCAAAUAGUUAUGCAGAAGUUAAUAUUAUGAAACCACAAUGCAAUCGAGCUAAACUAAAUUCAAUAUAUUCAAAUAGUUAUGAAGAAGUUAAUAUUAUGAAACCACAAUGCAAUCGAGCUAAAACUAAUUCAAUAUAUUCAAAUAGUUAUGAAGAAGUUAAUAUUAUGAAACCACAAUGCAGUCGACCUAAAACAAAUUCAAUAUAUUCAAAUAGUUAUGAAGAAGUUAAUAUUAUGAAACCACAAUGCAAUCGACCUAAACCAAAUUCAAUAUAUUCAAAUGGUUAUGAAGAAGUUAAGCCAGUAUGGAAUUCAAACUUCAAGCAAGAAUUCGCUGAUCCUAGUUUAAUCCUAAACAAACAAUUGUCUGAAGUUUACAGUGACUAUGUCAUCCCUAUGAUAUCACCAAAUUUAAAAUCUCAGACCCAAGAAUUUGCGGAUCCUGGUUUAAUUCUAAACGAACAAUUAUCUGAGGUUCAUAGUGACUAUGUCAUCCCUAUGAUAUCACCAAAUUUAAAAUCUCAGACCCAAGAAUUUGCGGAUCCUAAUUUAAUUCUAAACGAACAAUUAUCUCAGGUUCAUAGUGACUAUGUCAUCCCUAUGAUAUCACCAAAUUUAAAAUCUCAGACCCAAGAAUUUGCGGAUCCUAAUUUAAUUCUAAACGAACAAUUAUCUGAGGUUCACAGUGACUAUGUCAUCCCUAUGAUAUCGCCAAAUUUACAACCGCAGACCAAGAAAUUUGUAAUACACAAACGAACGGAUGCAAAAAAUAAAUCUACUGGUCGUUAUGAAAAUGUCGAGUGCGAAAUUGAUAAGAACGUUUAUGAAGAUAUGAAUCCAAAAUCGGAAUGGGAUUCAGAUUCCAGAAUCGGAUUCAGUGAUUGGAAGAUCUGA